CUACAAAAGCUUAUGCCCAAAUAAAUCUGUUAGUCUUUAAGGUGCCACUGGACUCCCUGUUGUUUUUGUUCAAUCUUGCAAGACUCAGAUCUAAAACCAAGACUCGGAAGGCCUUCAUUUAACACCUCCUCUUCGCUGAUGUUGCAGCUGUGACAACCCACACAGAAUCCCAUCUCCAAAACCUCAUGAACAGUUUUUCCAGUGCCUGCCAAGACUUCGGGCUUACUAUAAGCCUAAAAAAGACGAACAUAAUGUGCCCAGGAGUUGAAGAAGCAUCCUCUUUCAAGAUCAACAACUAUGAACUUGAAGUGGUGAACAAGUUCACAUACCUGGGGUCCACUGUCGCAGUCAAUCUUUCACUUGAAACAGAACUCAACCUCCACAUUAGAAAAGCUGCCACAACAAUGUCUAUGACUGAGCAAGAGGGUAUGGCAAAACAACAAACUGACAGAAAACACAAAGAUCUGUGUGUAUUGUGCAUGUGUUAUCAGCAUACUUUUGUAUAGGAGCGAGACAUGGACCUUAUACUGUCAUCAGGAAAAGAGGCUCAAUAGCUUACCGAUGUGUUGCCUUUGUUGGACUUUUGGAAUUUCCUGUAGCUGUUGCUGAGCGGAGGUGCUCAAGAGGGCCAGUAUACCCAGGACCAAACAUUCCUCAAACAGAGACGCCUCCGCUGGCUUGGGCAUGUGUGCCGAAUGAAUGAUGGGCACAUCCCAAAGGAUAUCCUCUAUUGUGAACUGGUGUCUGGAAAAGGACCCAAAGGAUGCCCAAAAUUGCAUUUCAAGGAUGUGUGCAAGCAAGACCUCAAAAGAAAUGGAUGUGGAUAACUGAGAAGAUCAUUCUCUAGACUGCAGCCUUUGGAAACAAGAGCUUAACAAAGGUCUCUAGAGUUAUGAGAGGAAGCAGUUCUGCUUAGAAGAGAAGAAAAGAGCUUGCACAAGCCAGAGCCCAAAGUGUCAAAACACCACCCUUUAAAUUUGUCUGAUGCAGCAGAGAUUCUCUCUCAAGUGAGUCCCUUCAGUCACAGCCACAACUGCCAUAAAAUCAGUGGCUACACUGGAGAUAUAUAUUCCAAUUCCAAUUUGAAGAAUAAAAAUGAUCUUUUUGAGUAUAAGUUUGCAACUGGCCAGUGGACAGAGUGGAAGACUGAAGGAAGCAUAGGUGGAGGCAGGAGAAAGGCGAAGCAUGGGCCUCUAUGUUCUGUUUGGGGAACACAAGUCCAGGCAUGUCUGGGGGGCAUUGCUGAGUCUCCAGGCAAGGUUGAGAAAUUCCCCUGGUGUGGCCUCAUGCAGAUUGCCAGUUGCAAGGUCAGCUCAUGGUGCAACAGUGUAUAGUGACAAACUGUGGAUCUUCGCAGGAUAUGAUGGGAAUGCACGGUUAAAUGAUAUGUGGACGAUUGGCCUACAGGAUAGAGAGCUAACAUGCUGGGAAGAGAUUGAACAGAGUGGUGAGAUCCCUCCUUCCUGCUGUAAUUUUCCCGUGGCUGUUUGCAAAGACAAGAUGUUUGUGUUUUCUGGCCAGAGUGGAGCAAAGAUCACCAAUAAUCUCUUUCAGUUUGAAUUCAAGGAAAAAAUUUGGACACGAAUUCCUACUGAACACUUACUUCGAGGCUCCCCUCCUCCUCCUCAGCGAAGAUAUGGUCACACCAUGGUUGCCUUUGAUCGCCACCUCUAUGUGUUUGGUGGUGCUGCAGAUAACACAUUGCCAAAUGAACUACACUGCUAUGAUGUGGACUCUCAGACCUGGGAAGUUAUCCAGCCUAGUCCAGAUAGUGAGGUGGCCCAUCCAGAAGUUGCUGAGAGGGUAGCUGCCCCAGAAGAAGCUCCUUCCUUCUCCUCAGAAGAACGUGGUUUAAAAAAAUCUCGAGAUGUAUUUGGUUUAGAUUUCGGCAUAACAACAGUUAAACAACAGCCCACAGCAGACUCUGAGCUGCCAAGUGGGAGACUCUUCCAUGCUGCAGCUGUCAUCUCAGACGCCAUGUACAUCUUUGGUGGGACAGUGGACAAUAACAUUAGAAGUGGAGAAAUGUACAGAUUCCAGUUUUCUUGUUACCCAAAAUGCACUUUACAUGAAGAUUAUGGAAGACUGUGGGAAAACAGGCAGUUCAGCGACUUGGAGUUUGUUCUGGGAGAGAAGGAAGACCGAGUCCGGGGACAUGCAGCCAUUGUCACAGCUCGCUGUAAGUGGCUAAGGAAGAAAAUUAUACAGGCAAGAGAGAGAUUGAAACAGAAAUCUAAGCAAGAGAUUGAAGAAGAGGGACAAGCACUGUCCCAGAACGAGGGUAUUUGUGGCAAUGUCAAGCUGUGCUGCCUGCAACCUCUGCUGGAAGUGACAAUCCGAGAAGCUGAAGCUCAGCCCUUUGAGGUGCUCAUGCAGUUCCUGUACACAGAUAAAAUAAAAUACCCACGCAAAGGUCAUGUGCAGGAUGUACUGCUUAUCAUGGACGUGUACAGACUAGCCCUGAAUUUCAAGCUCUCGCGACUGGAACAGCUCUGCCUCCAGUAUAUUGAAGCAUCUGUAGAUCUACAGAAUGUGCUCAUUGUGUGUGAAAAUGCUAACAAGCUUCAACUGGAGCAACUAAAGGAACACUGCCUGAACUUUGUGGUUAAAGAGUCACAUUUUAAUCAGGUAAUAAUGAUGAAGGAAUUUGAGCAUCUUUCCUCAUCCCUGAUAGUGGAGAUAGUACGAAGAAAACAGCAGCCUCCUGUUCGAACACAUUCCGAUCAGCCUGUGGAUAUUGGAACAUCUUUGAUUCAGGAUAUGAAGGCUUAUCUAGAAGGAGCUGGGAUCGAGUUUUGUGAUAUCAUCCUCCUGUUAGAUGGCCACCCAAGACCAGCACAUAAGGCAAUUCUGGCAGCCCGCUCCAGUUACUUUGAAGCCAUGUUCCGUUCCUUCAUGCCAGAAGAUGGACAAGUAAAUAUUUCUAUAGGUGAAAUGGUUCCCAGUAAACAAGCAUUUGAAUCUAUGCUGAGAUACAUUUACUAUGGUGAAGUGAACAUGCCUCCUGAAGAUUCCCUCUACCUCUUUGCUGCCCCUUAUUAUUAUGGUUUCUACAACAACAGACUUCAAGCAUACUGCAAGCAGAACCUGGAAAUGAAUGUUACAGUGGAAAAUGUGCUCCAGAUUUUAGAGGCAGCUGACAAGACACAGGCUCUGGACAUGAAGAAGCACUGCCUACAUAUCAUUGUUCACCAAUUCACCAAGGUCUCCAAGUUGCCAAAUCUGCGAUCCCUCAGUCAGCCGCUCCUUCUUGACAUCAUAGAAUCAUUAGCCAAUCACAUAUCAGACAAGCAAUGUGCAGAGCUGGGUUCAGACAUAUAAAACACUUCCAGACCUCUUUCAUUUGUUCCUCAAAGGGCUGCACUUUACAGCUGAAUCCCUCUAUACUGAGCUGCUCAGAAUGUCAACACAAUAAAGCAGAAGACCUGUGAAGAGCAUGAAAAUCUGAACUAUUGCUCUCUUGUGGAUCUGCCUGGCUUACAUCUGUGUAUUUGGGGCAGAAGCUCGUCUCAGCCAUACCAACGUAAAAUUGAAAUAACUGGGAGCAAUGAGUUUAUUCCAGAUUUACCUUGGUGUAAUUGAGUUCAGAAUCUGGCCUAUUGCUUUUAUUUUGUAAAAUAUAAACAGUAAUGAAUAAAAGGAUCAUUAAUAUUAUGAAACACAAAUAUCCUGUGGCUGUAAGUUGAAGUCAGCAAUAAUUAAAUUGGAAAUAAAAUGCACAAUUUUAACA